AACAAUUUUUGAUUCACGCAUUCAGCGAUUCGAACUCGAGUUUUUGCUCAGUUCGCGUUGAUUUUUUUCCUUUUUGAGAUUUUUGUGAUGAUUACUGAUUCUUUGUCAGAAAUCCAUGUGUUUGGUUGCGGCCGAACUGAUAAAGAAAAGUCUUUUGAACUGCAGUGAAAUAAAUUGGCGGAAAAAGGAACGAACUUUAUAAUUUAUUCACAUGUUAUCGUUUUAUUCUCCUUGAAUCUCACUCUCUUUAAUUCAGGUGCAGGCCUCUGAAUGAUUAGGGUUUUGGGUUCUUGUGAGAAAUUGAGUAAACAGUUGACGGGCACGUGAUAAAACAGUAAAAAACUGUUCUGAGGGUGAAAACUCCUUUGGGAGAAAGAAUCUUGAGGGUUUGUAGUGGUGGGGUGAAGAAUUAAAAGGGAAAGAUUGGACUCUCUGAUCUGAGGCCUUAAUAAGUUGGUUAUUGGGACCAACAAGGGGACGGGGGGGAUCAAUGAGUAAGUGAAUGGGGAUGGAGGAAAUCAAUCAAUAUAUGGUGAACUGGGUUGCUGCUUUGGUUGGCUUGGGAUUGAGAGAGAAAGGGGCUCAUGUGGUCUAGGGUUUGGGAUGGAUUGAUUUCAUGGGUUGAGAUUGAUUAGCUCUUGAUCUGCUCAUUUCUUGUGAUUUUGGGAGUUGGUAGGAUUUUGACUUAAGAGAGAUUUGGGGAAAGGAAAGGGGAUUUUUGAGCUGUUCUUUCCCAAGAUAAAAUACUUUUAAAGAGUUAAGUGGGGAGGAACAGUGCAUGACUGUUACUCUCUAGGGUUUCAUUUGAGAUGGAUUGGAAUGUGAAGUCUCCUUUGCAGUGGGAUUGGGAAAAUGCAGCAAUUGGAACUGGAUCUGUUUAUUCAUCUGCUGGCGGUGCCUUCUCUAGCUCGGAUUUGGGGAACGGUUCAUCGAGAAGCUCCAUCUCGGCAUCUAUUGAUUCUUCUUUGAAAGCAGGAGUGAAGAUUUCAGAGUUUAAUUUUGAGAAUGUUGAAGGUAGCUCUCCUAAGGGCCUUAGCAAGAACAAGGAGUUGGCUCGGAUGGAGGAUACUGGAACUUCUCCUGUAGUGGCAGCUAAAGGUGGUCUUGGGGAGCCACUGAUUGGUCUGAAGCUUGGCAAGAGAACUUACUUCGAAGAUGUUUGUGCUGGCAAUAGCACAAAAACCUCGACCGCGUCGACUUCUGUAGCGCCAGUGACUGCAAUAGUUAAGAAGACAAGGGUUUCCCAUCAGAGUGUUCCGAACUCUCGAUGUCAGGUUGAGGGAUGCAACAUUGAUUUAACUGGAGCCAAAGAUUAUCAUCGCAAGCAUAGAGUUUGUGAAAGCCAUUCUAAAUGCCCAAAGGUCAUCAUUGCUGGUCAGGAGCGCCGGUUUUGUCAGCAAUGUAGCAGGUUCCAUGAGUUGUCAGAGUUUGAUCUGAAAAAACGGAGCUGUCGAAGGCGUUUAUCUGAUCAUAAUGCACGUAGGCGCAAACCACUGUCAGACACAAUCUCAUUCAACUCAUCAAGGCUAGCUUCAUCAUUUUAUGAUGGACGCCAGCAGAUGAAUUUUGUUUUGAAUAGAUCCCCUUUUGGUAAUAUGAGGCCGACUGCAAGUUCCACAUGGGAAGACUCAUGUGGGUUCAGCCUCACUCAUUCAAGAGGGUCUUGGAUUAAGUCGAUGAAAACCAGAGGAAUGGAUGGACAUCUGCACUUUUCAAACUAUGAUUUAUCAAACACUGUUUCCUCCCUUCCUCAAGGCUUGGACAAGCUCAUGCCAUUGAAGGGCACCACAACUGAAGUCCUCAGUCAAGGUCUAGGCGCGCCUGUUCCUGAUCCUAACUUGGAUGGAGGCCCGGAUCUUCGGCGUGCUCUCUCUCUUCUGUCAACUGAUUCUUGGGGUUCGGUGAACCCGGGACAAUCUAAUCUUUCACAUUACGUGAAUGCGAGCCACAACAGUUCAUCUCAUCCUACAAUGCAGCAGGCAGUAAACACAUCUACAUACUGGCAAGACCAACAGAGCCUGCAUCAACAAGAACGGGUUGUGCCAUUUGACCUCCAUAACAAUGGGAGUCAAUACCAGGAGCUUCAGCUUCCCAAAGCUCCUUACGAGACAUCAUUCUUCGAUUCCGGUCAGAUACUUUCAAAGUCAGAUGGCCACUUCCUGGAGCUGACCUGAGAUGCCUGCUGCUAAAAGCUCUAAUCCUGCAGUGAAUAAGAACUGGUGGUUCAUCGAGGUUUCCUUGAUAUUGAGCCAUAUCAACCUUAAUGAAUUUGUUCAGCUAAUGAAACCAUGUAUCCUCUCUGCUUCUCCUUUUGUAUCGCUGCACUUUUAAACGUUUGCCUCGCUUUGUGAGGGUAAAAGCUUACCCUGCUACAAAAAUACCUAAGAGGUGCAAUUGUGCAUCUCCUCUGUAUUCCGUUUUCUUUGGUAUUGUAUUCUGUGAUUUAAUGUACAUUUCCUCUGGUAUUGAGCCUUAUCCCAGAGCUUUUAGGUGUUAUGAUUUCUGUAACGAGGGCAAGUUAGUAGGUUAGCCCUCAAGAGCAUGUAUUUUGGUGCAAAAUGAAUUUAAAAAGGUGUGAAGGAUUUUAGUUUUCACUAA